AUGAGAAAAUAUCUCACGUUCAAUGAGAGUCUUACUCAGACAUGGCUAUCAGACUUAGUGGUGGCCAUGGCACUUCUCAUGGUGAAAGUAUAUUUAUUCACGCAAACACUUUUGGCUGCUAUUGCAUCGACAGAGAAGGCAACAAUAUAUGGCUGCUGGAAGAUGAAUGAUAUGCUGGAUAUGGUCCUAAAUACUCAGUCGCAAGUCAACAAUGUUACACGAGAAGCUGUGGAGUAUGCCAUGAACUCCAAUGUGCAAAUUAUCAAGCUACUUCUCACCAUGAGCAUCACGGUAGUUAAGGGGGUCAUUCUGUUGCUAAUAGAAUUAUAUCUAGGCACUUUGGCCUGCUUGUGCACGGCUUUCGUCCAUGGUACUCUUGAAAUCAUCACUGACACAGUCAGUGCCAUCACAGAAACCGUUGAAGAUGCCAUCAAUUUGGCAACUAAGGGGAUCAACACUGCUCUUGAAAGAUUAUCCAUACUAAUAAACGGCUUCAGUGCCUCUUUGACUGCUAUAAAGUCAUUGUUCUCACUGGACGAUUCUAGUUCCGUUACCGAUGCUAUAAAUAUUGUCUCUUUGAACGUUCGUUCUUUGAGCAACAUCACCAUUCCAACCACUUUUGUCGAUACUUUGAGGAAUUUGACAGACGAUAUUCCAGACUUUGAGACUGUGUUGUCGAAUUUGACCAGUAUGGUCACUCAACCGUUGGAUUUGUUGAACAACCAUGUCAAACAACUUUCAGUGAACACCACAUUUGAACUUUCGAGCAACGGUGUCCAAACAUUUGAUGUUUUGAAAAAUACUUGCUUAGAAAUAGAGGCGUCAUUCCAGAAUGUCAUCUCAAGGACUCGGAAAUGUUCCGAUUACAUCCUCAUAGGUCUUGCUGUUGGUGUUUUCCUUAGUGUGUGCAUCUCCAUAUGGAUAGCACACCGCAACUGGCAACGGAAAGACGUUUUGCUUAAGCUUUUAGCCUGUGAACAAAAGCAAGUGCAAGUUGGGAAUUUGAUUUUCGAACAUGAGAAUAUCUUACUUCACAGGCUAAUCAAGAACUGGGACCCUCGUCUUCAGUGGCUAGUGUGCUACAUGAGUACGCCUACAGUUAGAAGGUGUUUUUUGAUUGGAUCUUGUGGAUUUUUGGCCUAUGGACUCCAGAGUAUCCUUUUGAACUACAUUGAGACAAACUUAGAACCUUUUAUGCAAAGUAUCAACAUGGACGAGACCAGGUCUGUACUUGCGCAUCUGGUUGCAAGAUCGAUCAACGAAACACAAGUAUAUGUUAACGAAACACAGGACGAAAUUAAUACAGGGUUAUUGCAUCCCAUCCAAGGCGUCACCACAAGUAUCUACAGUACUAUUCUUGAUGCUGAGACUGCUAUUAACAAUACCGUGGAUUCAGUAUUUCGAUCUACACCGUUCGCUGCUCCACUCCAAACCGUGAUCUAUUGUACCAUUGGCCGAAAGCUAGACAGCAUCGAAAGUGGAUUGGGUUGGCUUAUUUCCAACACUCAGUUGAAGUUAACCUCGUUUUCCGAUAAGAAUCUCCAUAGAAUCAGCACAACAUCUGUGGACUCGGUUUAUGAUUCAAUAUCCGACCUCGGAAAGCUGAACACGGUUGGAUACUUGAUAAAACAAUACAGGAAAGUCCUCGAAGUAGAACUUUUGACUUCCAGCUCUUUCAUUGGCGUCUGGCUUCUCAUGCUUGCAAUCGGUAUCUGUAUUCUCAUAUACGGACACAUUACCGAGCCAGAUAUUCAGCCUCAGGCUAUUGGAGUACCCAGGCAGUUGAGUCACACACAGCGGGAGGCACUAAGGUUUCCUUACCAUGACCCAUUUGACCUAACUGCCUCAAGCAGAUAUACCCACGUUUAG